AGGCACUGCGCGUGCGCAGAUGAAGUCCAACCGGAGACACGGACCCCCAUCCCCUGAUAAACCGCUGGGAAUGCUGGGAGCGCGUCGGAUAGUAACUGUCCCUGCUGAAGCCUUGAGCAGAGCUCCAGGGUGUGUAAAGCUGGUCAUGCUUCUGUAGUACUUGAUUCAUCUCCUACUCAGAGGCAGAAGAGCCUUUCCUGAGAUUGCUGCCUUCAUACCUGCUCGUAGAGGUUGAGGGAUGUGCUUUCUGUCAUCUGCUGUCACGGAGGCUGUGCUGAAAGCACGAUUAAAGGGAGGCAGAUGCCGAGAUCCCAGUAUAAAACAGUGAAGACUAUCCUGGGAUACUCAAACCGAGGGGGCGCUGCCCUCCCCCCUGAAUUAGAGAGUCAGAUGUCCACCGAAAGAGCCAGGAGGUAUCAAGCUGAGCUGAGACUUCUAAGUCAUCAGGGACUUUGAGUGCGCAUAGGCACCUGCUACACCCUGGGGAUGGCACACAGGGACUGUUUUCUCACUGCUGGUCUGCAUGACUGCCAAGGAGGAAGGCAAAGGUAGAGCAGCGGAUCCUCGGUCUCAUAGCUUCAGAUCCCAGACCUUACUAAACUCCUUCCUGAGCCCAGGACAAAGCUCACUUGAACAAAUGACUUUGAGUCAUGAAUGAAAAAUCUUGCUCUUUGCAUGAUGAGAAAGAAUUAAGAGAUGGACAGGUUGAAAGAGUGUCUUCGGGGUGCUCUCCACCACAUGACAAGAACAACAGCGCUCUUGCGGCCUUCAGGGGGGUCCCUAUUUCAGAGCUAAGGCAGCGCGGUGUUCUGCGGGCCCUGACUGCAGAAGCGAAUGACUGGGAGCCAGGUGCUGUCAGCCCAGAGGUGCUCAGAGCCCAGGAAGAGUGGGAAGCUGUGGACACCAUCCAGCCGGAUGCAGGGAGCCAGGUCUUCUCAGCCCAGCCAGAGCAGCUCAUCUCCUUUGCAGAGGUCUUGCAGCAUUUCCAGACUCUGGACCUGUCCUCCUUCAAGGAGAGAAUCCAGCCAACCGUUCGAAGGACUGGGCUCGCUGCCCUCCGGCACUGCCUCUUUGGGCCACCAAAGCUCCACCAGGGUCUUCGGGAAGAGAGGGACUUGGUCCUGACCAUUGCACAGUGUGGCCUGGAUAGCCAAGACCCCGUGCACGGCCAAGUCCUCCAGACCAUCUACAAGAAGCUGACCGGCUCUAGGUUUAAUUGUGCCCUCCACGGAGACCACUGGGAGGACCUGGGCUUCCAGGGAGCAAAUCCAGCCACAGACCUGAGAGGGGCGGGCUUCCUCGCCCUCCUGCACCUGCUGUACCUGGUGAUGGACUCGAAGACCUUGUUCAUGGCCCAGGAAAUUUUCCGCCUGUCUCAUCACCGUGUCCAGCAAUUCCCUUUCUGCCUGAUGUCUGUGAAUAUCACGCGCAUGGCCAUCCAGGCCUUGAGGGAGGAGUGUCUCUCCAGGGAGUGUAACCGGCAGCAGAAGGUCAUCCCCGUGGUGAACAGCUUCUACGCUGCCACUUUCCUCCGCCUCGCACACGUCUGGAGGACCCAGCAGAAGACCAUCUCUGACGCAGGCUUUGUCCUCAAAGACUUGGAAGUAUGGGCCAAGAAGAAUCCCCGGCGGUUGCUUAAGACCCUGGAGGUGUACCUGGCCCAGGUGUCAAAGGGACAGGCCUCCUUGCUGGGACCACAGCAGUGCCCUGGGCCCGACGGCCCUCGCGCCAAGGACCUGGCCUUCACGGGCGUAUGUGAGCUGCAGCCUCACACCUUAGAAGACUCGGAGCUCCUCUGAGUGAUGCUGUGGAUUGACACACAGGACCUACUAGUGGCUGGGCCGCAGGGCCUCUGGGUGGCGCUCCUGGGCCCGGCUGGAAGAGGCGCACGCGGGCACUGGGCGCUGGAACCCUCCGCACCGGCUGCGGCCAGAGCAGAGCUUGCCCUGCCGCCGAGGGACCAACCAGUGUCUGGUCUCGUCCCCAGCAGGGCUGCGGGGAUCGCAGAGGGACUGGGCUGGCAGCCCUAUCUGGACACUUGUACAUUCCACUCGGAGGGAGAUUCCCAAGUAGAAGCAGCCAGGAUCCCAAGUCCCCAGGAAUCCUCAGGCCCCUGGUGUCUGUGGUUGGAAUUUGAAGAGGAAAUAGUGUAACUACAGCCGCGGCCAGCAGGGGGCAGCACAGCCUGGGGAAGGCUGGGCCCUCGUCUCCUGUAAUCCCUCCAGGGUUAGGGUGCAGAAUUAGGCCCAGAGCUGGGUACCCCCACCCCCGGGACCCCCACCAGCCGCCCACAUCUGGGGCUUCAGCGGUGGAGGGUGCUGGGUCCCCUGAGGGUGUUUUCCAGCCUGGGUGAGGGAAGGGAAAAUUUGCUGCACCCCAGCAGUCUUAGAAUAAAAGAAUUGUAGUGAAAGGUCGCAAGUGUUGUCUUCGUCCCAGAACCUGCUUAGACCAGGCAAAGCCGCCCCUGCUCCUGUUCCCAGGAGGGCUGUGGCCCUGGCUCUUGGCUGGUGUGGCAUCCAUGCUGGGUUUGCCCACAUGGUUCUGGGCAUCUCAGCUCUGCUGUCCUCACUGGAGGCAGGGUGAUAAAUGGUCACUGUAGUGCACAAGGGAAUACCCCAACUUCUGUCUGCAGGGUCACCCUGCAGGUCCCCCCAGGACGUCAUGUAGGUAUGAUCAAGAACAGGUACAUAUUUUAAAAUUUUUUAAAUGUAUUACAGUAAAAGACAUUGCCAUUAA